AUGCCGCGGCGCCUGCAGCCCCGGAGCGCGGGCACAAAGGGCCCGCCCGGCACGACCGCGGCGGCUUCGGAGGCCGCCUCGCGCCCGCACCCCUCACUCUCCGGAGACCCUCCGGCCUCCGCCAAGCCGCUGCUGCGCUGGGACGAGGUGCCCGACGACUUUGUGGAGUGCUUCAUCCUGUCGGGCUACCGGCGGCUGCCGUGCACGGCGCAGGAGUGCCUAGCCUCGGUGCUGAAGCCUACCAACGAGACGCUCAACUUCUGGACGCACUUCAUCCCACUGCUGCUGUUCCUGAGCAAGUUCUGCCGCCUGUUCUUCCUGAGCGGCCGCGACGUGCCCUUCCACCAUCCGUGGCUGCUGCCGCUGUGGUGCUACGCUUCGGGCGUGCUGCUGACCUUCGCCAUGAGCUGCACGGCGCACGUGUUCAGCUGCCUGUCGCUGCGCCUGCGCGCAGCCUUCUUCUACCUGGACUACGCGUCCAUCAGCUACUACGGCUUUGGCAGCACUGUGGCCUACUACUACUACCUGCUGCCCGGCCUGAGCUUGUUGGACGCCAGGGUGAUGACCCCGUACGUGCAGCAGCGCCUGGGCUGGCACGUGGACUGCACGGGCCUCAUUGCCGCCUACCGCGCGCUCGUGCUGCCCGUGGCCUUCCUGCUGGCCGUGGCCUGCACCGUGGCCUGCUGCAAGAGCCGCACCGACUGGUGCUCUUAUCCGUUCGCGCUGCGCACCUUCGUCUUCGUCAUGCCCCUGAGCAUGGCCUGCCCCAUCAUGCUCGAGAGCUGGCUCUUCGACCUGCGGGGCGAGAACCCCACGCUCUUCGUGCACUUCUACCGCCGCUACUUCUGGCUGGUGGUGGCCGCCUUCUUCAACGUGAGCAAGAUCCCCGAGCGCAUCCAGCCGGGCCUGUUCGACAUCAUUGGCCACAGCCACCAGCUCUUUCACAUCUUCACUUUCCUCAGCAUCUACGACCAGGUGUACUACGUGGAGGAGGGCCUGAGCCAGUUCCUCAAGGCGCCGCCGGACGCGCCCACCUUCUCGGGCACCGUGGGCUACAUGUUGUUGCUGGUUGUCUGCCUGGGGCUGGUCAUCAAGAAGUUCCUCAACAACACCGAAUUCUGCAGUAAAAAGUGAGCCUCCGCCUUGGAGGAGACUGCCGGCUCGCCCACCUGUUUGUUUGAAGUUUCUGUUGUUGGUUUGUUUUCAAGUUUUGUUGUGUUUCCUUCUUUGCUCGAGGAGGGUGCUGCAAAACCACAGGGAAAAAGUUCAGUGCGACAAGGGGGUCUCAGUGCACUUAGGGCUUUGGAAGAGGGAGGUGGGGCAAGCAGGAGGGAGAGGGCGGCUGGUUCUUGCCCCUGGAAAAAAUGCAGGUGGUGUCUGUGACAUCCAGGGAUUCUUCUAAGGCAGCGAAUAGAACCCCACAUAAAACCCCAACCAGUUCAAUCUUCCAGUCGUCUUUUCUGCCAGAGGUAAUAACAAGCAGCCCUUGUGAGGUCAGGCAUGCAGUAAAGAGGGUAAGUAGACAGAAUCCCUGGGUACUUCCGUUUCGGUGUGAGGAAUGCUUGGAUUUGUCAAAGAAUAGAGCUUUGUAGGAAAAGAGCACAGAGACACUAACCCAGGGCUUAACCUGCUAGAAAAUGCAUGGAAUGUGAACACACGUUAAUUAUUUCAAAAUGUUUCUUAGAUGUUAGUUAAAUAGUAAUAUAUACAAUGAUUUUUCAUAAUUUAUCAAAGCCUGUGAUCUGCACUGAAUUUUCUUUGUCACGUAGUUUUGAAUCUUGCAGCUCUUCUGCAUUGCAUAUACUUGAACUGGACAUCAGGGCAAGCUGCUUGAGAGUUCUCAGCUACUUUUUUAAACAGUAUUUUUUGAAGGCCUGUGUGUGUCAUGAUACAACUGUGAAUUAUUCUACCUUAGGGACUCUGGUUAAACUAUUGGGAAGGAGCUAAGUGGUUUGUAUAGGUCCCAGAUUGCUAUUUACUUUAAUGUAUUCCACAAAACCCAUCCUAUUUUUUGGUUUUGUUUUUAAUCUUAUUCUCUCUUUCU